AUGAAUCUACAGUUCUACAAACAUGCUUAUAAAAAGCUUGAGCCCCUCCGUGCCCGCGCAUGCUCCGUGCGGACCGGCCGGGAUGCGGCGCGCGAGCGGCGCCAUGGGCGUGUGAGUGGGGGCCCCUCGUCCCUCUCCUCCCGCGCCCCCGCCUACCCCGCCCGGGCACAGGGAAAAGCACCGCCUGGGGAUCGCCCCCGCGUGGCCAGCCCCGGUGCGGCCGGGAAAGGCCUCGGUCCGGAGCCCCUGGAAGGGCUGCGAAGUAGUGCAGGAAGCAAGGGAGCUGUGCUGUGCGGAGACCGGGACGCAGCGCUCGCCGUGCAGGCCUUCCGCCUCGCUCUUAUUCAGCUUCACGUGUCUGCUGUUAAAUCAGACAAUCUGCAACGAGCCUGUGGACUGGUUAGAGAAGCAUCAGCUAAAGGAGCAAAAGUUGUGGCUCUACCUGAAUGUUUUAAUUCUCCAUAUGGAACCCAAUACUUUAAGGAGUAUGCAGAGAAGAUCCCUGGGGAAUCAACACAAAAGCUCUCAGAAGUUGCAAAGGAGUGCAACAUAUAUCUCAUUGGAGGAUCCAUUCCAGAAGAGGAUGGUGGAAAGCUGUAUAAUACAUGUACUGUCUUUGGGCCUGAUGGUGCUAUGCUGGCAAAGCAUAGGAAGGUUCAUUUGUUUGACAUUAAUGUUCCUGGGAAGAUACAGUUCAAAGAGUCUGAAACACUGAGUCCAGGGAAUAGUUUCUCCAUGUUUGACACACCAUACUGUAAAGUGGGCCUGGGCAUCUGCUAUGACAUGAGAUUUGCUGAGAUGGCUCAAAUCUACGGCCAGAAAGGUUGCCAGCUGCUGAUAUAUCCAGGGGCUUUUAACCUGACAACAGGACCAGCUCACUGGGAACUCCUACAGAGGGGACGUGCUGUUGAUAACCAAGUCUACGUAGCUACCAUAUCUCCUGCUAGAGAUGAAAAAGCAUCCUAUGUUGCCUGGGGACACAGCACUGUAGUAAAUCCAUGGGGUGAAGUCAUAGCCAAAGCUGGGGCUGAGGAAACAGUUGUAUACACAGAUAUAGAUCUGAAGAAACUUGCAGAAAUACGUCAACAAAUUCCUAUUUUAAGCCAGAAGCGUUGUGACCUCUAUGGUGUAGAGAUGAAAAAGUGAAGCUGGGUGAAGAGGGAAGGUUCAAGUGCCACAAUGGCUGUUCCCUUCAUCUUCAGAAGGAUUCCUUGACUGCUUGCUCUACAAUUUACUGCCGAAUGUGCCAGUUAGAAAACCACCACACAAAAAAAAAACUUAAUGGUGCAAUUCUAAAGUUGAUUCAAAUCCUACUUUUAUAUCUCCUCUCACACUUAAGUAUUUCAUAGUUCAACACAGCAGUGAUUAACAUUGCUUUUAUGCAUGACAAUGUUUUAGUUACCUUUUGGGGGCUUUUUUGUAGAAGACAGAAAUGGAAACCUUGUUCUCUGAAACUCAAGUCAGCUUUAGUAUUAUGAAUUUUCCAGUGAAUUAUCAGAUAAUCUAGAAGCAUGAUUCUUCCCACUCAGUCCUUUAUAGAUGUAUGGGCCUUAACAAAGCUCCUGGAAUGCCCUACUUCUAACUUGGAAAUCUUAACAUUUAACACUGAGCAAAACAGGCCAAAUUCUGCUCUGCACUACUGGGGACAAUGCAAGAUGCCAGACAGAGCUAUUGCUAUAGAAGAAUCUGUAACAGUUUUUGGUUCAUGUGUUCUUGCCUGAAUUAUGUGUAUUGAAUCUUCCUUAUGGCAAUUCCUGUUUAUUGUUGAAGUAAUGCGGGUUACUGUGUUGUUAAAACAAUGCAUGUUGUAGUUUUGACUGGGGUUUCUUCUUAGAAGGAAGACAUCUUUUAAUGUAAAAAGAAUUUGCAAAUGAUGCCUUUUUUUCCUCCUUGAGAUGAAAAAAAGAAGCAACUCUCCAGCCUAUACUAAUAGGCUUUCAGAUUUCUAGCAGCAUAAAAAACCAGUAAGGCUAAAGAUUUCAAAAUACAAAAAUGGAAAGGAGAGGUUUUGUCUUGGUCUAGCUAACUAUAUUAUCCCCCAAACCACCUUACCUUUUAUUCACGUUCAGCCAUCCUCCUCUUCCCACAGCUGCUUUUGUUACUAUUCUUUUGGUUCUCUGCAAUGAGCCAGAUGUGUGCUUUAUAGAGGAAAAUGAACACUUGAAUGAAGUCAAAUCCUGAUGCAUUCUUCCUCUCAAAAGACAGGUCCCACCCUUCCACUCAGUGGCAUUAACUAUUUCAGCAGGUCUUUUGGUCUGUAUUUUCACUGCAUUUUGGUGUACAUACUGGACUGGAACUCUUAAGAAACAAGCCACAGAACAUAAAGUGAAAUGAAGAUUUAUUUGUUGGAAAAUAAAUAUUAAAAAAUUAACAAUUUACCAUUCGA